CAGCUGGCCUUCGAGCGGAGAGAGGCAGCAGCAGUAAGGCAAGAGCAUUGGAGAGGGGGAGUUCAUGAAUCCUAUUAGUUACCGAUGAAAUAAGGUACUAGUGUUGGUGAAUACUGUCUGCAUAUUGAUAAAGAGUUAAGUGGAACGAUUGUUACGUGUAGGAUAUUGAACGUAUACUAAAAUUGAAGAAAAGAACGGGGUCUUGAAAGGAGAAAGAACAGCCACGUAUAUGGACAAAUAAGUGUACAACUGAGGUAUCUUACAUGCCUGAUUGGAAGAUGUGAAUUUACAAUAUGUAUAAAUAGACUCAUCGCGCCGGAGCUGCCGGGCAAAACUGUCAUCAGCCCGAAAGCAGGAGGAGGAACCGAGGCCAUGGACGUCAUCGCUAAACUGCCGGCCCCCCUGGGAUGGAUAGUAGGACACGCCCCCCUGUCCAAAAAUGCCUUGGAGAAAAGGUCGUGGUUGUCGCCGUGGAUUCUGGUGAAGACCCUGGACAGCAUCCUGAGAGGCAUAGCGCAGGUGUGCUUCGCCGACAACCCUCUCUCCGGGCUCCUCAUCCUGGUCGGUCUCUUCGUCGGUGACGUCAUGGCGGGUCUCGGCGCGCUCGCGUGCUCUCUGGUGGCAGUCGUCGUCGCCUUGGCCUUCCAAGAGCCAGUCGGAGCCAUAGCCUCUGGACUCACCAAUUACAGCGCCGUUUUAGUGGGUACGGUAACAGCCUCGCUAUACCCUGUGUUCUUCCACCUGCCCCUGACCUUACCCGUUUGGGGCUUUAUGCUGCUUGCGACCGUCUUCAGUGUGUGCAUAGGGUCGGCCCUCGGCUCCAUUCUGUCGCCUUUCAAACUGCCAUACUUCACCCUGCCCUUCAACAUUGCAACUUCCAUCGCCUUCAUAUGCAUGCGCGCGCACGGCUUGGCGGGGCUUCCGGAAGAGGCCAUAGGGCAGGUGAACGUGUCGGAGGCGGUUCAGUGGACAGAGGUGCUCCGCGGGUCCCUGCUCUCCGUCGGACAGGUGUACGCCGUGGAGACAGUAACGGGGUCCUGUCUCAUUAUAGCGGGGCUCUUCCUGUGUUCGCCGCUUCUGACUGUGAUCUCAGUGGCUGGGGGCUUCUUUGCCUCGUGCACGGCCGUCUUGGUGUCCUCGGCUCCGUACUCCAUGAUCUACGCCGGCGUGUGGGGCUACAACGGCUUCCUGUCAGCCGGGUGCCUCUUCUUCUUCAUGGUGCCAUCCCGCAGGCUCUUCAUCCUGGCUGUGGUUAAUGCCAUCUUCACCACGUUCCUGCAGGCUGCCAUUGCCCCGGUCUUCGCUGUGAGUCAGUUGCCGGUGUUUACGUACCCGUUCUGCAUGAGCUCCCUACUAUUCCUGGCCAUGGCGAGCAACGGGGGCAUGGACAGCAAGAGGGUCACCAGUCUUACCUUCCCAGAGCAACAUUUUAUAUUCCAUCUCAAGGAAUCAAACAUAGAAGAAAUUUCCAAGAUGGACAACCCUUGAAAAUAUAUAUAUAUAUAUAUAUAUAUAUAUAUAUAUAUAUAUAUAUGUAUGCGUGUGAGUGUGUGUGUGUGUGUGUGUGUGUGUGUGUGCGUGUGUGCGUGUGCGUGUGCGUGUGCGUGUGCGUGCGUGUGCGUGUGCGUGGGUACAUCUGUGUCCCAUGAUUUGUUUCUCUUCGCAAGUGCUGUCCUCCGAAGCCUCCGGAAUGGACACUAGUCACAAAGGAAUCCCAUCAUCAUACGUCCAAAAUCAACAAUUAUGCAUACACCGACCAGAACUUUAUGAAAUGUUUGUGUAUAUAUGUUUAUGUACUUAUGUAUAUAUGUAUAUAUACAUAUAUGUUUG